UCAUUUUGACAUUAAUUUUGAUUCUCAUUCUUAUUUAUUAUUAUUUUAAUUACAAAUACAUUAUUAUAUUAUAACAAUAUAUUUGUAAUUAUUUAAAUAAUCUGUCUGUGUAAAUAAGCAUGGCAUCUGCAUCUGGGAAUCGGUCAAGACAUUCUAUCCCUAUAGACAUAUUGGACGAUCUAUGCAGUCGUUUCAUAAUAAAUUUGCCACCGGAAGAUCGUGGGAACUUGGUUAGAAUAUGCUUUCAAAUUGAGCUGGCUCACUGGUUCUAUUUGGAUUAUUAUUGUACAGACGAAUCAAAUAGACUGAAUCCAUGUGGAAUUAGAGAAUUUGCAGCACAUAUAUUUCAGCAUGUUCCACAGUUGAGAGAGCAUGUAAGUAGCUUGGAUGCGGUGCUGGAUAACUGGAGGGAGUACAAGCUAACUGUACCAACAUAUGGUGCCAUACUAUUGGACACUGACUUGACCCAUGUCUUGUUAGUGCAGUCAUAUUGGACAAAGGCAUCUUGGGGCUUUCCAAAGGGAAAGGUCAAUGAGGAUGAGGAGCCAUGGAAAUGUGCCGCUAGAGAAGUAUUGGAAGAAACGGGCUUUGAUAUAUCAAAGCUUAUAAGCAAAAAUGACUAUGUAGAAGCCACUAUCCAUGAUCAAAUCGCUCGCUUAUACAUAAUUCCUCACAUAUCACGGGACACGAAGUUCCAACCUCGUACCAGGAAUGAAAUAAAAGCGUGCGAGUGGUUCGCAUUGGCUGAUUUGCCGACUAACAAAAAAGAUAAUACACCCAAAGUGAAGAUGGGCGUAAGCCCCAAUGCAUUCUUCAUGGUGAUACCGUUCAUGAAACGAAUAAGGCGAUGGGUACAUGAACGGACCACGAAAGUCUAUAAUAAUAGCACUAAACGUACUAGACAUAAGUCUAUGGGUGAUAUAGAGGCUUCAACUAGCAAGCCGAAAACAAAAUCUAUCUCCCAAGGACUAGAGAAUGAGAUCAAGGAAUAUCAACAGAAUACUGUUAACAAUUUCAAGUACAAUAAUGGCCAUAAUAACAGCCACGGUAAUGGUAAUACUCAUGGAAACGCUGUUCCCAUGAUUGGGAUGACUCCCAAUCAUGGAAACGGAACAAAGAACAAUAAUGUAUACGUAAAUAGCAAUAGGAAAGAACGUAAGAUAACGAAGAGGCAACUCUUCACGCCACAGAAUACUCAUACAAAUAACUUCUCGCCUGUCCAAAAAGACAGUAGUCCGAACGAGGUGCAGGAAGAUCAUUCGUUUUUCAAUUUCGUUGCGCCGUCGUGGGCCAAUUUCAAGUUCGACCGGCGCGCAAUACUAGAAUGCCUGACUUGAAAGCUGUGACCGAUUAGAAUUGGUCUCAGAUGUGAAGCAUUUCUUAUUCUCUACUUGUCUUUGACAAAAUUGGCUUUAAUUACUGAUACAUGUAAUUAAAAAUUACAACAGA